AUGAACGAUGACACGCUCGAGAAGUUGUACGUGAGUGUCCGGCGCCGCGUAACACUGGCCAGGAGGUUGCGGCUUUGUUUCACCCAGACUGACCUGGCUGCCGACGCAUCGCUGUCCUCAUCACUUCUCGUGUCUCUCUCUUGCGUCCGUCUUGCCUCCGUAGCUACUCGACUCGGUGCAGAGUCUGCUGUCGCCCAGUUUGCCCUCGCCUCCGCCGUCGCCUCGUCAGAGCACGGUUCUUGAAGCCCCCGCCUCGUCCUUUGUCUUGAGCUCUGCUGCUGGGGACUCGGUCUCGUCACCCGCGACGGCGAGAGCGACGUGGACCGGCGGCGCACGAGCCCCUGCGCCGCCACCGCCGAUCGGGCUGGGCUUUGAACCCUCACACUACUCGGAUCUGCUCCAUACCCACGGCACGAUCCCAUCCAAGUCAGUUGAGCGUAUUAUUUCGAUGAAAACCAGCCUCGCUACAGAGAACUGACUUUUCUUGCUCGCUUGUACGUCAGACGUGCUCGGUCCUCUCCGUCGGCGCCACCAUCGCACUCAGCCCUGCCCCUACCACCCCCACCACCCACCGCGGAUCCACGACGACCCUCACGCACAUCACUUGAAGGCACUAACGGCCUCACACCUGACAUCCGCGCAUCGCCCUUCUCCACACCCCGUAUAAGGCCGCCGGUCACCCACGACGAGCCCAAGGUUGGUUCCGAGGACUGGACAAAGAAUUUUAGCAAGGACCGACUCCGGAAGAUGGCCGCCCGGUGCGUCACUCCUUGUCACACGUAGCCAGGAUGGAACGCGACUGAACCUUUCCUUUCCGUGUUACUCUUACUGCAGGUUUCGCGCCACAGGUCGCGAGCUCAAGCACACGGGCGACAAACUCGCACGGGAGUCGACAGCCAACCACGCCGUUGCGCUCGCAUGCCAAACCGACGCGAUUCUGCUGUACGUGUUCGCCUUUUGGUGCGACGACCAAGCGGCCAAGACGUGCAUUGCACAAAACUGGCAAACCAUCUUUGGACUCGUCGCCUACGUCAAGCGAGCGGCGCAAAAGGCCAAACUAGGACUCUUGGAGGGCAUAUGGUGAGUUUCAGUCGACAGUCGGCGCUAUGCGAGUGCGCAGAGUGAUAUCUGACAUCGCAGUAUGCUUUAUUUGCGCUUGUUUUCAAAGUACUCGAAUGGAAUCGAUCGCCGUGUACACGUUAGCGAUGUACGAACAGAAGCAACUCAACCAUCGCGGGGCCCAGCUGCUCGCAUCCGGUGCCGCUGCAUCGACGUUGACAUCGAGCUCUACCAAGCUCCCUGUCGCUUCCUCGUCAGUUAUAGUGCCCCCAAGAUCGAACCUACCGGCACCACCCCCGUCGCUUCCCCCUCGACCAGGUCCGCCGCCUGCGUCCGGCGCUUCGCAGGAUUCGCAGUCCCCCGCCUCCGCCGCUUCGCCACCUGGCAUGGUUGCGAGUGGUUCGGCACCGGCCACUGCCGGGUCCUCGAUCGAGGUGCUGAAGCUGUUCGUCAAAGCCGGCUCGGAGUUGUUCCGAUAUCAACGUUUGUGGGACGAGGCCGCCGCCCACUUUGCGCCGGAUGCGCUGGCGAGAUCACUCCCGUCCACUUUGGAACUGUGCUUGCAAUCGAGCAUUUGGAUCGAUCCCGGAACGUUCGUAUGGCCGCAGCCCCGGGUAACAGAGGAAGGCGAAGAAGGCGGUCUGCAUACGUGGGUCUUCGCUUGGCCGGUCGAGCUGGGCAAACCCAUGAUGGUCGUUCACACCGUCGCGUUGAUGCGAUGCAUGCUGCAAGAGUGGGCGAGGGAGAAUGCGCGAGGCUUCACCCUGACCAGUGUCGAUGUUUGA